AUGCAUCCACCUUAAUGCCACCACCACUGGACUGCACCGACUUUGAUUUCUCACUUGGCGAGGAAGUGGCCUUUGGUCCCUACCCGCAGCUGGAGAGCAGCGCGCUGGCACAGAUGCCUCCGCAGCGCCUGCCUUCCCCCGAGCCGUGCUGGAGGGACCUGGCGGACCAGCACCAGAAAGCACUGGGAGAUGCCCUGGAGGCAAACAGCCAGCUGCAGGAGACCCUCACGCAGAGGCAGGAAGAGCUGGCGACGCUGCAGGAGAGCAACGUGCAGCUGAAGGACCUGGCGAGCCAGGCCAGGCAGCUGGCCGCCGUCCUGGAUACGCUGAUGCUCCCGCAGUGCGCCGACGGGGCGGCCCUUCCUCCCUCUCUUCAUCCUCCACCUCUUCCUCCCGCCGCCGCCGCCGCUCCGGCCGGGAUCUGGGGCGGGCGCGGGCGGCCGGAGCCGUGGGAGGAGGCGGCGGGCGUGGACGCCAUGCUGCGGGAGGUGUCGGAAAAGUGCCGCGCCGCGCUGCGGAUUGGGGGCAGCCCGGGGGGCAGCCCGGGGGGCAGCCCCACGGCCAAGCGCCCGCGGCCGUCCCCGCGCCUGCACGGCGCCUUCCGCGGGCUGCGCACCGGCCGCGCCUCUCCGCGCCCGGGCGGGGGGCUGGAGGGGGCCGGCAGCUUGCGGGCGGCUGGGGAGGCGGGGGGCAUCCGCACCCUGGCCUUCCCGCAGGGCAACGCCUUCACCCUCCGCACCGCCGCCGGCGGGUACCGCUUCCGCUGGGUGCCGCGCUGA